GGAGCCGGGGGCUAGAGGAGGAGCUCCGCGCAGAGCGGCGGCGGGCACGGCCGCGGUCGGGCCGGGAGCUGCGGCGCCGGAGCGGGGCAGGUGCGGAGCGGGCAGCGGCCCCGGGCCCUAUGGUGCCGGGCGGGACCCGGACCCCGCUCCCCGCCUUCCAACGGGGCCCGCGGAGCGCCUUCGCACGGGCACUCGCUGGGCAUGAGGGCGCUGCCGAUCCUGCUGCUCUCGCUCUGCUGGAGCCUGCCCCGGGUGAAUGGUGUCCAUCCAGAAUGCAGAUUUCAGCUGGAAAUUCACAAGGAGGAAACCAGGUGCAUGGAACUUCUAAAGAAUACAAAGCCAGUGGACUACAAGGGAUGUGUUGGAGUUUGGGAUAACAUCACCUGCUGGCGUCCUGCAAAGAUUGGAGAGACUGUCACUGUCCCUUGUCCAAAAGUAUUCAGCCUUUUUUCUGGAAAACCAGGAAACAUUAGCAAAAAUUGUACGAGUAAUGGAUGGUCGGAUAUAUUUCCUGACAUCUUAAGUACUUGUGGAUAUAAUGACUACGAAGACGAUUAUAAGGUCAACUUCUAUGUGAGGGUGAAAGCAAUUUAUACCCUUGGACACAGCGUAUCUCUGAUUGCUCUUACAACAGGAAGUAUAAUUCUUUGCCUUUUCAGAAAACUUCAUUGUACUCGGAACUACAUCCAUCUGAACCUGUUCCUCUCUUUCAUUCUAAGAGCAAUCUCUGUUUUAGUCAAGGAUGAUAUUCUCUAUUCCAGCUCCAACACAGCUCACUGUCCAGAGGAUCAAACCUCAUGGGUGGGCUGCAAGGCAAUUCUGGUGUUUUUUCAGUAUGGUGUUAUGGCAAACUUUUACUGGCUCUUGGUAGAAGGACUUUACCUCCACAUCCUCCUUGUGCUAAUAUUCUCCCCCAACAGACACUUCACGAUCUACCUGCUGAUAGGGUGGGGAAUUCCUACAAUAUUCAUUAUUACAUGGACAGUGACACGGAUCAUUCUAGAGGACACUGGCUGCUGGGAUACAAAUGAGCAUGGUGGUCCCUGGUGGGUUAUACGAAUACCAAUUUUAAUUUCUAUUAUAGUGAAUUUUAUACUUUUCAUUAGCAUUAUAAGAAUCUUACUGCAGAAGUUAAGAUCUCCAGAUGUUGGAGGAAAUGACCAGUCACAGUACAAGAGACUUGCAAAAUCCACCUUGCUGCUGAUUCCUUUAUUUGGAGUUCACUACACAGUGUUUGCUCUGUUUCCUGACCGCAGUUCCAACAAUUAUAAAAUAAUCUUUGAGUUGUGUUUGGGAUCUUUUCAGGGGUUGAUUGUUGCAGUCCUGUAUUGUUUUUUGAACAGUGAAGUGCAGGGGGAGCUGAAAAGAAAGUGGCGGAGUUUGUGCUGGAAGCAGACAGCAGGCAGAGACUACAGACUGCACAGCUCAUCCAUUUCCCGAAAUGGAUCAGAAAGUGUUUCCCAGCUCCACAGGAAUUCAAGAGCUCACUCCUUUAUGCAGACAGAGACCACCAUGAUAUAAAUGAGCUAGGUCCCCCAAAACAUGAAAAACUGUGGGAUAUAUCAUUCAUUAUGCAGCUUGAUGUGAUAUUUUAUAACAUGUACAGUUUAGUGCUUUGCUUUUCUACAUGUUGGUACUUGGGGAAUUGAUUUGUGCAGCCAAGCUAUUAUUAAUGGAGAAGCCUGCCCUAUGGAUGCUUUCUGUUUUGUUCAAAUGGUAUUCAUAUUAAUUCUGGUGUUCUCUUGCAGUUUAACACUAGACAUGACAAUUCAAAAAUUCAUUUUCCUUAAAGGUCCCUUUACUUUCCAAAAUGGCUACAAGAUCUAUGCAGGUAUCCUGCUCAAAGCAGAUUUCUUUGGCACAUGUAAGGGGUUAAGAUGGGAAGCAAGAAAAUUUCUUACACUUUAUUUAUACUUAAGGAAACAUUGCCUUAAGGAUUAGGAAAUUCUUUUCUAAUUAUGGAAAAUAAAAAAUAAAACAAAACUAAGACCAUAAUUAACCACACUGGGAGUUCAGUGUGCUAAUCUAGGAAAUCAUUAACAUGAUUUACAAGAGAGGGGAAAAGGUAGUACUUCUAGGCUAAUGGUACACAUUUCAGAGAUUACUUCCUACAGAGUUUUAUUCCAAUCCUGUUGUUACUUUCAAAAGUGCCUGGUUUGAUGUUUGGGUGCAGAGUGUAGGGCUACUUUGCAGGCCAUACAAAAAACUACUAUAUUACUUCUGAAUAUAGUAGUUCUCAGUUGUUCUCUUCUGUUGCAAGUCAGAGAUUUGUGUUGAUCUUUUGUGAAGGACUUUUCUGAAGAGAUAUGUUUUAUUGCUAAAGCAGCCUGGCAUAGGAAAAACCAGCCUUGGAUAGCUCAUUACACAUUGAAAAUACCAUUUUUUACAGUACUAUCAUUGAACUCUGUCUCUAGGAACUACAUAUUUGACUGCAAAACACAAGGAAUAUUGCAGUGAAGUUACAACUCAGAUUUAACAAAAAAUUUAAAAUCUUUUAGGUUUAUUCAGUUCUGUAUCUGUCUGAAAUUAUUUAAAAUUUAGUCCUGACCGUGGCUCCAGGAAAAAAAAAAUAGAAUCCCUAAAAAUUACCAUAAAAGGCAUAAAGAAGGAAUUUUCAACAAUGCCAAGCCUCUUAUGUAGCCAUGU